CUUGUUCUCUAUUUCCUAGAAUAGUGAUUUCGCUUAUGCAAGCCACGUGGAUCGAUGGGUGCCCCACCUUCACAGCCACAGCGAAUGACUCAGCAGGGCCCAGCCAACCACACUUGGCGUUACGUAUACUUGCGCAAGUGUGUGGGGGGCCGAGGAGUAAUGGCUGACGACGAUUGAAUUAUCAUUCAUUCUUGGGCAUUUUAUCUUUUAUCAAUUGUUCAUCUACUGUCAUUCAUUCAUUUAAUCAUUCGUUCUAUCUGACAUUCUUUACCAAUUCCAUCGUUACUCGGUAUCUCUUAUCAUUUUGUCAUCUUAUAUAUAUGCAUUUCUGAAAUAGCGAACAAGAUGAAGGACGGGCUUGCCUGGAGGCGCGUUCUCUCGGUCCUCCUCCUUAUCCAGGGGGUCAGGGCGAUCGACCUGGACCUCACCAGCGAGGAUUCGAUCAAAAAUGCAGCAAGCAACGCCGCGUACGGGAUGAUGAUACAUUAUCACGGCAACGAGACCGGCCAUAUCCCCGGAAAGCUGCCCAACACAUGGUGGGAGGGCGGCGCGAUGUUCAUGACGCUGAUCCAAUAUUAUCACUACACCAACGACUCGACAUAUAACGAAGAGGUCAUCUCUGGUAUGCAGUGGCAGGCGGGUGACUGCGACUACAUGCCGUCGAACUACUCCAGCUACAUUGGCAAUGACGACCAAAUGUUCUGGGGCCUGGCGGCGAUGACGGCAGCAGAAUUGAACUUCCCCAACUCGGACGACGGAUACUCAUGGCUUGCCCUCGCACAGGGCGUGUUCAACACUCAAGUGGCCCGCUGGGAUACGUCGACGUGCGACGGAGGCAUGCGCUGGCAGAUCUGGACAUACGAGGCCGGAUACACGAUGAAAAACACCAUUUCCAACGCAGGCUUGUUCCAGCUGUCGGCGCGACUGGCUCGCUAUACAUACAACGAGUCGUACUAUGAAUGGGCGGAGAAGAUCUGGGACUGGGCGGCCUCCUCGCCGCUGCUGAGCAACUCGACGUGGAAUGUUGCCGAUUCCACCGAGACGACCAACGAUUGUGCCACGCAAGGCGACGAUCAAUGGACGUACAACUACGGCGCCUUUUUGGGGGGGGCUGCCUAUAUGUAUAACUACACCAAUGGAACGACCAAAUGGCUGGAUGCAGUGGAAGGCCUGCUUAAUGUGACGCUGGAAAAGUUCUUCCCAGCCAAGCACGGCGGCGAGAUCAUGUCGGAGAUCCUGUGUGAGCCGACAGAGGUGUGCAACGACAACGAGAUCAUCUUCAAGGGCCUGCUGUCCGGCUGGCUGAUGCUGACGGCGUACCUGGUGCCCUCGACAUACGACACCAUCCUGCCCAAACUGCAGGGGUCGGCCAAGGGGGCCGCAGGGUCGUGUUCCGGGUAUAGCAACGACACCUGCGGCGUGCGCUGGUGGAACAGCUCGUGGGAUGGCUGGAUCGGGCUGGAGGAGCAGAUGAGCGCGACCAGCAUCUUCUUUGCCAACAUGCUGCCCUUCCUCGACUCGUCCACGGCGGCGCCCGUCACGUCGACCACGGGCGGGAACAGCACCAGCGAUCCCUCGGCGGGGACUACAGACACCACCGACGACGAUACGACGACGUCUGCGAUCACGACGGGCGACAAGGUCGGCGCGGCGUUUUUGACGUCUGGGCUGAUUGGGGCAUGGGUUGUCAUGAUUGCCUGGAUGUUGUUUUUCUAGUUUCUGGUAAUGUAGGGUUUAAAGCUAAACCCUAAACCCUAAACCCUAAAGACAAAAUUGAUACCAU